AUGACAUGGGCUGCAGUUCAACCGAUUGAUGUCCGGUUUGUUCCUGGACUUUCAGGCUACUUUCACAAAGACCUUCAAGCUGUGAAGCUGAGUCCCGAAUAUGAUCCCCUAGUGGACAACAUCGCCACCGUAACUCCUGGAUUUAAAAAUGUGGUUCAGGCAGGCGAAGUUAUCUCAAUACUCAUUCGUCUCCCGAAUGGCGCAGUGGCAAUCGGCGAUUGUGUAGAUGUGAUUUUCUCGGGCGCUGCAUCGCGAGACCCUUUGUUCACCCCUUCGGAGCAUAUCCCGCUCUUGCACGCUGUCAUUAGGCCUUGGAUUCUCAAGUGCGAUAUUUCUAGCUUUCGUCCGAAUGCUGUCCAAGUUGAUGCACCGUGGCAGGCUCUUGGGGGUCGAAGGCUUCAUACGGCUGUUAGAUAUGGUCUCACUCAAGCAUUACUAUCUGCUACAGCUCUUGCCUGGCACUGUACCAUGCCCGAGGUCAUCUCCAGGGAGUGGAAAAUAAACAUAACUACACAGCCGGUGCCAAUUCUUGCAUCCUGUCACCGCAAUGACCAGUUACAACUGGACAGAAUGAUCAUGAAACAAGUCGGACUAUUGCCUCAUGCAUCCUUUGUCCAUGUUAAUGACAUCGGACCCCGGGGACAAACCCUACUUGACUAUGUACAGUCUGUGUCAAAGCGAAUCCAAGAACGAGGAAAUCCAGAGUGGCGACCCCGUCUGCACUUUGAUGUCUAUGGUACAAUCGGAGAUGCUUUCAACGACGAUGAGAUACCAGAUUUCUUUCAGCUAAUUGAGCGGGCUGCCUUUCCUUAUGACAUCCUCAUCGAAUCACCAAUUGUUGCAACCACCAAGGAAGCUCAAAUCAAACGUCUCAGCUUAUUGAGAAAUUGCCUCAUACUUAAAAAGAUUGACGUCAAAAUUGUUGCGGACGAAUGGUGCAACACUCUCCAGGACAUCCACGAAUUUGCUGAAGCCAAAGCCGUGGACUUCGUUCAGAUCAAGCUUCCUGACCUCGGUAGUCUCCACAACUCAAUUGACGCGGUCAUAUAUUGUCGAUCGCAGAACAUCGGGUGUUGUCUUGGAGGUUCUGCGAAUGAAACCGACGUCUCAGCGCGGAUAACCGCCCAAGUCGCACUGGCAACACAGCCCGACUUCCUUCUUUCGAAGCCCGGGAUCGGUGGCGAUGAAGGUUUGAUGAUUUUGACAAAUGAAAUGCUACGAACUUUGGCGUUGGUAGACAUGUUUGACUACUGCGCCCCUGAAAAGAAUUUUCAUGGGCCAGUGGCCUGCACUGUCGAGACUAGAUCCAGCAAAAUAUGA